AUGGCUCGUCCUCAAGUUACCGUCCAAUCUUUGACUGGUACUGCUACUUCAGCAGCUUUACCAUUACCAGCUGUCUUCUCUGCUCCAAUCCGUCCAGAUUUAGUUCACUCUGUUUUCACCUCUGUUAACAAGAACAAGAGACAAGCUUACGCUGUUUCUGAAAAGGCUGGUCACCAAACCUCUGCUGAAUCUUGGGGUACUGGUCGUGCCGUCGCCAGAAUUCCAAGAGUUGGUGGUGGUGGUACCCACAGAUCUGGUCAAGCCGCUUUCGGUAACAUGUGUCGUGGUGGUCGUAUGUUUGCUCCAACUAAAACCUGGAGAAAAUGGAACGUCAAGGUCAACCAAAACGAAAAACGUUAUGCUACCGCUUCUGCUAUCGCUGCUUCUGCUGUUGCCUCUUUAGUUUUAGCUAGAGGUCACAAGAUCGAAAAGAUUCCAGAAAUUCCAUUAGUUGUCUCUAAGGAAUUCGAAUCCGUCAAGAAGACCAAGGAAGCUGUCGCUGUCUUGAAGGCUGUCGGUGCUUCUUCUGAUUUAGUCAAGGUUUUGAAAUCUAAGAAGAUGAGAGCCGGUAAGGGUAAAUACAGAAACAGAAGAUUCACUCAAAGAAGAGGUCCAUUAGUCGUCUACGCUGAAGACAAUGGUAUCGUCAAGGCUUUGAGAAACAUCCCAGGUGUUGAAACUUCUCCAGUUACUGCUUUGAACUUGUUGCAAUUAGCUCCAGGUGCUCACUUAGGUAGAUUCGUUAUCUGGACUGAAUCUGCUUUUGCUAAAUUAGACUCUAUCUGGGGUUCUGAAACCACUGCUUCUGCCAAAUCUGGUUACUCUUUACCACAACACAUCAUCUCUACCUCUGAUGUUACCAGAAUCAUCAACUCUUCUGAAAUCCAAGCUGCUGUUAGACCAGCUGGUCAAGCUGAUCAAAAGAAGGCUCAUGUUCAAAAGAAGAACCCAUUGAAGAACAAGCAAGUCUUAUUGAGAUUGAACCCAUAUGCUAAGGUUUUCGCUGCCGAAAAGUUAGGUUCUAAGAAAGUUGCCAAGACCUCUUCCAAGGUUUCUCAAGUCUUCAAGGAAACUUUAAACCACGCUUAG